UCUAGUGUCAUCGGAACAGGGACCCUCUUCCUCCUCGCCAGCGUCCUCUGCCACAUCUGAUGCCUGCACUGCCUUAUAAUUACGUAAAUUAUAACUGAAGAAAAUAUUAUAGAUUUCCGCACACACUUCCUUAGUUGUUCCGAUCAUACUCAAAAUGGCGUGCGGAUUCUAAAAAAAUUUAGAAGUUUGAAACGAAUUUCGACCCAGUGAUGGCCACUCUACCGAGCACAGCAUCAUAUCUGUUUAGUGAAACCUGGCACGAACAACGUUAACUCGGUUGCCCUUCUUGUGGUAAUGAUGAUACGCAGGAUCCUCGGUAGACGUUAUUGGUACAACCUGUCUGGCAACGUUGCCUUCCAACUUUACUUUAACUAUUCCAAAUCUAUUUCCAAGAUCCGCUCUACGAGCCAUGAAUGGCCGCAAAGAAGGACAGGAGCCACACUUCUUGCUGAUUCAGGGGCAGACUUUGUAAAGGUGGAACAGCUGGGAGGAUGGAAUUCGGACAAAAUAUGUCAUGGAUAUGUGGAAAAUUCUUCGUACAAUAGAAAACAAAUUUUUAAUGGAGUGACACAUAAAGCUACAGCAACAGUGAAUAGCCAAUUUCUUCUGAGGCCUUCAACUAGUAAAGAUACUACAGCACAGAUUAUAAAUAUUAAUCAAGAACACGAAAACGAGUCGUCUAUACCAUUAGAUUGUAAUGACUUUGCAGAUGAAAUGACUUUAGAUAAUCAUGAUAAUCCGUAAGUUUCAAAACAAUUGCAAGCACUUGGACCCAGAUUCGUCGAUGCUUCGAAAAAACCAUUAAAAAUAGCCCAAUCUAAAGAAAAAUUAAAUUCUAAUGCUUCUCAUAAUUUGUGUUUAAAGUCACCUAUAAAACUCGUAUUUAAUAAAAAUUGAUUGAAGACCAAGAAAGAAAAUAAGACUAAAUUUGAACAAAUCAGUGAAUGAUAAACAAGAGGACAUUGAAAAUAAUGAUAAUUCAACAAAAUGGUUAAAAGAUGCCUAUAUUAAAUAUGAGAAUUGCAAAUUUAAUAAUGGUAUAAUAAAUAACUUUUAUUCGUGUGAAAACUGUAAAAAAUAGUUUAAAAUAAGUUUAAAAAAUCAUAAAAUAAAAUGUAUAAAUUCUUAACAUUUAUAUCAAAAUAAAUGCUGAGUACAGCCGAAGCGGACCGAUGCGAG